ACACCGAUGGAGUUUCAUGGAGUCAAGCUCCCGGCGAUUGCCCAUCACAGCCGCCACUGGCACUGUGUGCUCCCCGCCGCCGUCCUCACGACGUGCCUUGUGGUCCUCGCGGCGAUGAGCCUGCCCGGCCGCGUGCCGCUGAUGCCGCCGUUGCUCCCGAGCAUGACCGGCCAUGGACGAGGCGUCAACGGGUCCUGCGACAUAUUCAAGGGCGAGUGGGUGCCCGACCCGGGCGCGCCGCGAUACACCAACGAGACGUGCCCCGUGAUCCACGGCCACUACGACUGCAUGCGGUACGGCAAGCCGGACCUCGGGUUCGUGCGGUGGCGGUGGCGGCCGGACGGGUGCGAGCUGCCCCGCUUCGACGCGGCGCGCUUCCUCGGCGCCAUGAGGGGCAAAUCCGUGGCGUUCGUCGGCGACUCGCUCGCCAGGAACCAGAUGCACUCGCUCGUGUGCCUCCUGGCGCGGGCCGAGCGGCCCGUGCCGUGGACCAAAGCGGGCUACGUCUACCGCUACGAGCGCCACGGCUUCGCCGUCGCCGACUUCUGGUCGCCGUUCCUCGUCCGCGCCGUCGAGACGGACCGGGACGGCCCGGCGCGUAGCGGGGCGGGCCUGUGGAGCCUCCACCUGGACGAGCCGGACGCUGGAUGGGCGGCCCACGCCGGCAUGUUCGACUACGUCGUCGUCUCCGCCGGCAGCUGGUUCUACCGGCCGUCCGUGUUCUACGAGCGCGGCCGCCUCGUCGGGUGCAGCGGCUGCCUCGCGCCCAACGUCACCGACCUCACGCUCCGGUACUCCAUGCGGCUGGCGUUCCGGAGCGCGCUCCGCGCGGCCGUGGGCGCGCCGGGCGGCCGCUCCAGGACGGUCAUCGUGCGGACGAUCUCACCGUCGCACUACGAGAACGGGACGCGGAGCGAGGACGGCGACUGCGUCCGGACGCGGCCUCUCCGGCGUGGUCAGUGGGAGAUGGACGAGGAGCAGAAGGAGAUGCGCCGGAUACAGGUGGAGGAGUUCGCGGCGGCAGAGGCUGCGGCGAGAGGCAAAGGGGUGAGGAUGCUGCUGAUGGACGCGACGGAGGCCAUGGCGCUGCGGCCGGACGCCCACCCGAGCAAGUACCGGCUGUGGGAGCCGGAGAAGUUCUGGGUGUCCCGUGACUGCCUACACUGGUGCCUGCCCGGCGCCAUGGACGCGUGCAACGACAUGCUGCUUCACAUGCUGAUCGGUUAA